AUGGCAGAAAGAAAUUAUGCCCAAAUAGAAAAGGAAGGCAUUCCUCCCCUAGCAGCCGCGAAGUUACAAAGGUGGGUUGUGCUUUUGUCUGGGUAUGAUUAUGACAUUGUCUAUAAAAGGUCUGCAGACAAUGCCAAAGCAGACUUCUUCAGUAGAUUCCCUGUUCAUACAAGAGAUGAAGACGAUCCUGACCCAAAUGAACUCUAUGUGUUUGCUACCGCAGUCGGUAGGUUCACUGUAACUUCGGUGGAAAUUGUUGACCUUACUAAAAAAGACAAGGUGCUUGUUAAAGUGUAUGAAUACAACUCCUCAGGUUGGCAAAAUCAUUCUUCUGAUCCAAAGAUAAAACCAUACUGGAAUCGUAGGGAAGACCUUUCCUUAGAAGAUGGCUGUCUGUUGUGGGGCAGGCGUGUGAUCAUUCCUCUCAAAUUACAAGGGCGUCUGUUAGAUGAGUUGCAUGAAUGUCAUCCAAGGAUGCGUCGUAUGAAGGCACUUGCCAGAUCAUUUGUCUGGUGGCCCUGUUUUGGCCAGGACAUAGAGGGCGGAGUCAGACUUUGUGAGGACUGUGUUAGUGCACAAAGCACUUCUUAA